GAACUAGCUUGUCAGCUAACACUAACAUCGGCUGCUCGUAUCCUCUAACAAAUCACGGAAAAAAGUUUAUGAUUAAAGACUUGCAGAAUGCAAAACUAUUGCGCUGUACCGAAUUGCCACAGCGGGAAAUCUGACUCCCAGCCUCUCUUCCGGUUUCCGCAUGAUCCAGAAAGGUCCAAGAAGUGGCUUGAAAAAUGCCAGAGGAAGGACCUCAUGGACAAAUCAUCUGAGCAACUGUACAAAUACUACAGGCUGUGUGGAAAACAUUUUGAAACAAAUGCAUUUGAUAAUGAUACUCAGGGUAAAGUGUUAAAGGAUGACGCUGAACCAACUGUUUUUGAUGUGACAACCCAGCCUCAGAGUGGACUGGUGAAGCGCAGUAAAGACACGACCAAAGAUGAUGAAUCACAGAGCAAGGGGAGGAAGAAAACUAAAAAGUCACAACCAGAAGGAGUUACUGAAGACAUCCAGAUGGAACCAGAGGAAGAUGAGCAGAAGAAAUAUGUAAAGGCUUUAUUUGAGGUUGUUCUAUUCUUGGGAGAGCAAAGCAUCCCUCCGACUUGGCCUGCUGAUAAUGAGGAGGAACAGCUUAUGUCAAGCACCUUCCAGGCGCUGCUAGAUUACCGCAUGCAAUGUGGAGAUCAGGUUCUAAAGAAGAGGUAUGCUGAGUCGAAGCAGUGCUGCUCCUCACAAGAGCUGACUCAGUUGAUUGAGGUGUGUGAGAAACAUGUGCGCUGCAAGGUGGUAGAGGAGGUCAAACAAAAUGGCUUCUUCUCACUGGUUACAGAUCAUCUGGUAAAGAUCUCAGGAGAAUGGUGCCUCCCGGUCUUUCUUUUUUAUGUAGACCAGUCUAAAUGCCAGCAGGAGAGGUUUGUGGGGUUCUUGAGCUUAGAAGGUGAUAGAGACACCCUGACGGAGAAAAUGCUUUCUGAAAUGACGGACAAAUGGGGACUAGAUAUGGAACGGUGUAGAGGCCAGGCCCACUCCUGCUCUGGGACACAUUUCAGUCAAAUUAAAGCAUUUGCUGCCAAGCUGGUGGAGAAGUAUCCAAGAGCAGUACUUACACUUAGGUCUACUCAUGCUUUGAACGUGUCCCUGGCCAGUGGUAUCGCUCUGUCAGGUGUUCAGCUCGUCAUGUCUACCUUUAAAAAGAUAGAGUCAUUCUUUUUUCAGUCGCCUUUGCUUCAGUUAGAGCUUGAGCACGCCAUUUCCAUGUUCUACCCAGACAAAGAAGACAAAGCUAACGAACUGAAAGAGAUCUGUAGAACCAGCUGGACCGCAGGACAUGAGGCAUUUGAGGUGGCGCUGGACAUCAUAGAGGCUCUCCUCCUCUGUGUGGACAGUGUGCAUGACAACGAAGACAUGAGGUGGAAUGACCAAAUCAUACACAACGCCUUAGAGAUCUCAAAAGCCUUAGCUGACUUUGAGUUAAUCAUGACGUUAGUUGUGCUGAAAAAUGUUACGACGCUUACACAGGCUUUUGGGAAAAACCUCCAAGGAAAUGCAGCAGAUGCCUAUUUAGCUGCAUCUAGUCUAAAAGCAGUGUUGCACUCCCUUAUGGAAGUGGAUGACAACAUUGAUGUAUAUCACGAGUUCUGGUACGACGAGGCCGUUAACUUAGCUGCAGCCAUGGAGGUCCCCGUCAAGGUUCCUCGGUCGUUCUUGAGGAAGCAUCAGGCAGAAUCAGGAGCCAUUCAGCCGGAGAAUUACUAUAAGGAGCACCUGUCUGUUCCUGUGGUGAAGUAUAUCGUCAGUGAAAUGAAAGAGCUCUUCUACGAGGACCACCUGAAGACUCUGAGAUGUCUGUCCCUUGUCCCUGCGGUCAUAGAGCUUUACAAGUCCACACAACCUGACGAGGGGAACAUACAGUUGUUUAAUAAUGACAUCCCUAAUGCAGGAACCCUCUCUGCUGAGCUGCACUGUUGGUGGGUAAAAUGGAGCAAAAAAGGCAAAGGAGAGACUUUUCCCUCCAGCCUCCAUGAAACUCUGCAGCUGGCCGAUGUGAAGUUCUUCCCAAACAUGUUGGCGAUCUUGAGACUUCUCAGCGUCAUGCCAUCCUUGGCUUCGAAGAACAGCUGUGAUGUGACGCACAGACGCUUCAAGAUGUACAUGGAGAACACACCUGACAAAUUCAAAUCAAAAAGCCUUGCUGUGUUGAACAUAAACUAUGAUGUGGAGUCUGAUCUGGAUGCAGUAGUUGACAUCUACAUGAAGACAUACCCAGACAGGCAGGAGGUGCCAUUGCUAUCUGACGUUUAAGCCCUCAAGCGGAAGUUGUGUGCUUUGUAAGCUGAUUUGUUUAUUUUUUCUGUAUCAAAUUGUUAUUCUAGUAGAAUGAUUUUUUCUAUUGUGAGAUUUGUUGAAAUGUUUCUGUGUCCACUCAUGAAUUGUCCUCAGUGUGAUAGUGCUUUUGAAACACAGAACACGUCUAUAUAAAGUAAAUAUGUGUCCACAUGGUGAGGUGGAGAAAAGGACAAGGUAGUUUGGGGGUGUGCACAAUUUUAUUUCAUUUACUUUUGGUAAAAGAGUGUAUGCUUGUGAAUAAAGAGCUAAACCCC